UGAACGGGUUUUCCAUAACAAACUACAACAGCACUCAGAAUAGUCGUGGCACUUAUCGAAUAGAUUGUGCAACAGCAAGUAGAAUGACUGACAAGAUAGAUGCGGAACAGUUUAAUGACGAUGAACUGGAGGCCCCGGCUUGGCUGAAUCCCCAGUUUAUAGGAGAAAUUCUAAGCGCGUACGAAGAGGCCCCGGAACUGAAAGUGAUCGAUCUAAAGAUCACACCCGCGAGUUUUCAAGGAGAUCACUAUGCCAGCGUUAUGUUCCGCACUACUGCUGAGUAUACCACCUCAAAGGGCAAGUUUAGUAAGCCCCUUAUUAUAAAGACGAUGCCAGAGCAGGAGGGACACAAAAAGGACAUGCUAAGCGAAUCGCAUAUAUUCGAAACCGAGAUUGGAAUGUAUUGCCAGGUGCUUCCGGAAUUCGAGAGGAUUCUACGGGAGGCAGGGGAUAACACAAAGUUAUUUGUGCCCUGCAUCUAUCACAGCCUGGAUCCCCGUAGGGUAAUGAUAUUCGAGGAUCUGGUGCCACAAGGAUACUCAGUGAUUCGGGAUCGUCCUGUUGCACUGGAGGAACUCAAAACAGCCUUUUCCAAGCUGGCCAAAUGGCAUGCAGUUAGCAUGAAAGUUAUUAAUGAGCAACCUGCCUUUCUAAGGGAUUUCAAAUAUGGCUUAUUUGAUAUGCCCACCAUACAGAAUGACCCUUUCGUUACUACUGGCAUGAAGAGCUUUAUUGAAAUGCUGGACAACUUACCCGACCUAAAAAAGUAUAAGCCCUAUUUUCAACAAAUUCAAGACAAACUUGAAAGACUGGAAGCCGAGAUGCAAGAGUACCACAAAAACCGACGGAACGAUGGGUACUAUGUUCUGUGCCAUGGUGACUUCCAUCUUCGCAACAUGAUGUUUAAGAACAAUAAGGAAACCGGAAACCACGAGGAUACAAUGCUGGUGGACUUCCAGUUAAGCAACCUUUGCCCCAUUACCGUUGAUCUAACAUAUUCCAUCUAUAUGUUAAUGGAGCCCGAACAGCGCCGGGAUAUGGGAAAGGACUUAAUUAACUACUACUUUACAGUUCUAGUAGCAACUCUCAAGAGCAUUGGAUACAAAGGUGAUAUGCCAACCCAAGCAAAACUCUGGGAGCAAAUUCAUCGCAAUAAGUACUAUGAUUUCUUUUUGAUAAGCACUUUCCUCCCCCUGAUUUUGGCGAUCAAAUCAAACACUUUUAAAAUGCAUGACCUCAUCCAUCCGGAAACUCGUCAAAAGACAUACUUUUUGGAUACAUACGUUAAAGAUGUUACCAAACUUUUGCCCAAGUUCGAGAAGCUUGGUUAUUUUAAGGGUCUAUAACUAAGAAUAGAAUUUAAUUUUUAGUUUUAUACUGCAUGAUGAUUUAUCUGUUAUAUUAAUAUUUGAAAUAAAAAUGUUUUGCUUAA